ACAGAACAGUCAAAGCGCACAAGGUGAAAUGCAAAAAGUGUUGAUGUAAACAAGUGUGUGUCGGCAGCUGGCUUGAAGCGGUUGGUUGGUUGGUUGGUUGAUUGGGUUGUUGACUGAGACUGUAUGACUGAAUAGUCGAGAGUCCAAGUCAUGUUUUGGCACCUAUUUUUACUCGCUUCGGCGAUUAAAAUGAUGUUCAUUCCGGCCUAUCGUUCGACAGACUUCGAAGUGCACCGAAACUGGUUGGCAAUCACUCACAGUAGGCCACUGUCCAAGUGGUACCACGAUGCCACCAGCGAGUGGACGCUGGACUAUCCACCGUUUUUCGCCUACUUCGAGUGGGCUCUGUCGCAGGUUGCUGUGCACUUUGAUUCGUCCAUGCUCAUCGUUACCAACCUGAACUAUUCGUCCAUGGCUACUGUGAUGUUCCAGCGCUUCUCGGUGAUUGUGGCCGACAUUGUGUUUGCUUUCGGUGUGAAAAGAUGUAUGAAUAUUCUGGCAAAAUCAAGCGGUCAGCAUGUCAUCGGUUCCGCACUGCUACUGGCCAACAUUGGGCUGCUGAUGGUCGAUCACAUUCAUUUUCAGUACAAUGGAUUUCUGUUCGGUUUUCUACUGCUGAGCAUUAGCUUUGUUCUGACGAAAAACUAUCUCGCUGCGGCACUGUUCUUUGCCAUUCUACUGAACCUGAAACAUAUUUUCAUUUACGUGGCUCCGGUGUACGCCAUAUUUCUCCUACGGUUUUAUUGCUUCCGCAAUGGCGCCGCACUAAUGAAAGUAAUCAAACUGAUUGCCAUUGCCGGAGGUGUUUGUUUACUUUCAUUCGGUCCAUUCUACGAUCACAUACCGCAGGUACUCUCAAGGCUAUUCCCGUUCAAACGAGGACUGACUCACGCCUAUUGGGCACCAAACUUUUGGGCGCUGUACAAUUUUAUCGACAAGCUACUAUCGAUUGCACUGGGUAAAAAGUCUGCCACGGCAUCCAGCACGGGAGGUCUAGUGCAAACAUUCGAGCACGAAAUCCUUCCCUCGAUUCCACCGUGGGUGACAUUUAUUUUGUCGGCUCUCGCGAUGCUUCCCACUCUUCACAAACUUUGGACGCUGAAGGAAUCGCCCCAUCUAGGGCUGAAUUUCAUCCGAGCCAUCACACUUUGCGGCUGUUCGUCCUUCAUGUUCGGAUGGCAUGUGCACGAAAAAGCCAUCCUCAUGGUCAUCAUCCCGCUCACUAUUCUAUCGAUCACAAAUCGAAACGAUGCCCGAUGGACGCUGUUUCUCGGAAUCGUGGGUCACUAUUCCCUGUUUCCGCUUCUUUUCAAACCGGAACUGGUCCUAAUCAAACACAGUAUGCUUGUAAUCUACACCGGAAUCAGCGUAUUGCUUUUCCGAAAAAUUCACGGUGGACAAUUUUUAACCAUGCCGGAACGGCUCUAUCUGUACGGGUUCGUAUUUCUUUCACUGUUCGAAAACAUCAUCCACCCGGGACUGGACCUAAAACGAAACUUUCCCUUCAUCCCACUGAUGGCAACGAGUGUCUACUGUGCGCUGGGAGUGUCCUACUUUUGGCUGGUCUACCAAAAACAUUUCUUCGCUCAAACUCCCUUCCUCGCGUCGAAAGCGGGAUUUUCGAAGAGUAAAAAGUCAUAAACAAAAUAAAAAAAAAACAUACCACAAAUGUCUAGCCAGUUUGCAUCAUUCCCAAAUAUAUUUGUUUUAGUUUGUGCCACUAA